AUGGAAGGGGGGAGCCUCUGGCACGAGUUCGAGACGGACCUCCCGGCCGCUGACGUGUGGGAGGUCUAUGGCAGCCUCGCUCUCGGGCAACUAGUCCCCCAGUUGCUCCCACAGGUCCUCUCAAAGGUCGAGCUUGUAGAGGGAGACGGCGGCGCCGGAACAGUCCUGCUCGUCACUUUCCCUCCUGCAGGAGCUUCCGAACCAAGAAGCUACAAGGAGAAGUUCAACGUAGUCGACGAUGAGAAGUACAUCAAGGAGGCAGAAACGGUGGAGGGAGGCUUUCUGGAUCUCGGCUUCCGGAAAUAUGUGGUGCGAUUCGAGGUCGUUGGGAAGGAAGAUGGCACGUCGGUUAUAAGAUCGACCGUCGAGUAUGAGGUUGAUGCCGAGCAUGCCAAGAAUGCCUCCCUUGUCAGCACAGAAGCAGUGGCCUCUAUUGCUGAGGCCAUCACCAAGCACAUCAAGGAGCAGAAGAAGAGCCCCGAGCAAACCCCCGAGUAA